UCACGCGGAUCCACAAUCUAUAUGGCCAUUUUGGAGGAAUCACCAGAAUCCACGCCAAGCGAUCAGCAAUCUCUUCUCCAAACGCUUCGCAUUCCUGCUGAAUACGCCCGGUUCGAGGCUCUUGGGGACAACGAGAUAUAUGACCGGCUAGAUCAAUGGAAAACGAAUGCUCUGUCGGCGCUCUCUACUCUCCGCGAACAAUUGAAGCUUAAUAGUCAUCUUGGUACGGAGCAGCAGGCUGACAUCGCAUUUCACGCUGCUUCAUAUAUGGGAGAAGUUGGGGAAUGGUCUACUGAGCAGAUGCAUGACAUCUCAGUCGAUACUCUAGAACUUCUCGGAGAACCUGACAUCCAUGUGUUAGAGCGAACACUGAAUCACCACAUCAAAUCCCUCUUUCGUGCAAACCCCCAUCCUUCCCUGAAUGCUAGUACAGGCCGUAAAAUAUCACGACAAGCUGGUGGCCCUAUGGCUGCCCAGGAUAUAUAUGAAGAUCAGCUAUGGAAACGAAGUCCAGGAGUUGGAAAUGCUUUAUCAUGGUGUGUGCAGCACAUUCACACUGAAAUGUAUGAGCGACUUUGGGGUCUAGUCGUGCCGCCCAUCAUGAUCCUGCUCGACGACUACGAGGUAAAAUACAAGAUCGAGGGUAUUCAUAUCGUCGAAGCAUUACUUGGAAACGCGCCCCCAGAUCUUCUCAAACGCACAGGUAUCUCUGACCUUCUGUUCUCUGUUUUGCACCGCGCACUGACGU